AUGGACGGUACGCACGUGUCCAGACGCGCUCCAGCGAUCUUUGAAGUCCCGCAAAUUACUGCGCAAACAUACUGGAUCUCCAGAGAUGGAACUCCACCCCCCGUUCCCGUGAUCUUUCUAGUCAAAACUACCGAAGACCAGCGAGACCAAAUUCUGAAAGAGCUAGAAGCGGCGGACUCUCCUUGGCCUUCCUAUCUCCCACAACCUCGUGAGCUGGUCGUCGUCCCCUGGUUGAGAAAUUAUACCCCACACGAAGACAUUCUUUUCGAGAUCUCGUACCCCCAUAAUGACUCACACAUCUUCGUUGAUGAUAUUGGCAUCAAAGGUGGAACAUGUGUAAUUUCGCACUGGUUCCGAACCGAGGGGUAUCCGAGUGGCGUCGAGCACAAAGAAGAAUUUGCGAGGGUGGAAUGGAAGAAAGCGAAGAGGCUUGUGGCGGGUGCUUCGAGCGAGAAUGGGAGCUGGUUCCCGAAUAUACUUGAUGAAGAGCUGGUUCCGGAUGAGGAGCCAGGUGAAACACCACGAGGGCAAGAAGAGAUUUUCGUGGCGAAAGAUGUCGAGUAUACAUGGCCUGAACAUCUCCCCUCGGAUUUACGGCUUCAAGAGGGGUCCCCAACAUUGGUUUCUCUCAUUCACCUCUCGCAGACAGAAAUAGACCAGUUGCUGGAGAGAAUUGGAACAGACCCUAAUAUGGAGCCUCCAAAAAUCUUCAACUGGCCCGCAGGUAUCGCGCCAGGCAGCGAAAGUGACAUGUGGCACAUCUUCAAUCGUAUUAAACCAGAUUGGCCGAACCCGUAUGAAGAGAUAUACGGUCUCUUUAUCGACACAAUCGACCUUCAUGGCCCCGAUCGUCAUCCAGAAGCCAUCCUUGUUCGACGCCAGAGAUUGGGGGAAGUGGACGAUCCGAAGUCAUUUGUUGAAAACAAUAUGACUGCACGGAUACUCCCCGCCGAUAAAGUCUUGCAGACCUGGAAUACAGGGUGGAAUCCGGUAGGAACGGGAACUUGGAACGGUAUCCGAGCGAACGAAGCUAUGCAGAGAGUCAGGACGGAUACCUUUACACACAUAUUGAAUCCAGAUAUUCCAGGGUUGAUAAACAAGAGCGAGCUGCCAAUAUUCAUACUGCAGCCAUUGACAUCGACAGAGGAGCACACACUCCGAAAAUUCAUUCUCAGCGAGGGAUGUUAUGAGGAAGAGUUUCCUCUCUCAAACGUCCCUAAUGGCGAUGGUACUUUCGCAUCUCUGAUGCGCUACUUCGAGUCCCCAGAGUUUCGCCGUCAUAAUAAUCGACCUCCUUAUGACUUUAUUGCUAUCGAUAAUGUCUUCCUAUCUGCACUUGUCGAAAGAGAGCUUAGAGGGGGGGGAGAUGAUGCACCCUCUUUGCUUCUAGCUACUCAUGCAUUUAUCUUGCAUCACGACAAGCAAGGGAACGAGAUGGCUCAUGAUGACGUUGGAUACAUUGUUGGCAGGUGCACUAUGGAUGACGGCGAUGGUUUUAACUAUUGGAUGAUUUCGAGUUUCCAGGGAAUGGGGCUGAGCUCCUACAUCGAGUACUCGGGAGUCAAAGAUCAGACUGGGGCUGGAAAGUAUUUUUGGAGCUGUUUUGAUGCUGGAGAGGAGUGGGAGGAUUUGAUCACAACGAUGUCUUGA